AUGGGAAGAAUUGUGAUCGGCCUGUUUGGCAAGACGGUACCGAAAACAGCGAAAAACUUUAUUGAAUUGGCGAAGAAGCCAAAGGGCGAAGGAUAUGUUGGCAGUAAGUUCCAUCGCGUCAUUCCUGAGUUUAUGAUCCAAGGUGGAGACUUCACGAAUGGUGAUGGAACAGGUGGAAGGUCCAUUUACGGGGAGAAAUUUCCUGAUGAAAAUUUCAAACUAAAACAUUAUGGAGCCGGUUGGGUGUCAAUGGCGAACGCUGGAAAGGACACUAAUGGCAGCCAGUUUUUCAUAACUGUGAAGAAAACAUCUUGGCUGGAUGGUCGACAUGUUGUAUUUGGAAAGGUCCUCCAAGGAAUGGAUGUGGUUCGAGCGAUAGAAACGGUGCCAAAGGAUUCUGGCGAUAAACCAAAAGACGACGUAAUCAUUGUUGCUGCUGGUCACGAAGUGGUUAGCACACCCUUCUCCGUCGAGAAGGACGACGCGGUUUAG